AUGGGACACGCGGGAACACGGCACGGGCAGGGGGAGGAACAGUGGAUCGAGCGCCAGCAGGCCAAGAACAGGUACUACUAUUACCACCAGAAGUUCCGCCGUGUGCCCGACCUGAGCGAGUGCCUGGAGGGAGACUACCUGUGCUUCUUCGAGGCCGAGGCGCAGUGGAGGAGGGACAGGCUGGUUGAUCAGGAAAUCGUGGAGAUCAUCCGGGAGAGGGUAGGUGCGUGCAAGCAGAGGGAAGGGCCCAACCAGUUCCAGAACUGUGCCAAGGAGGUGGAGCUGCUGGCACGGGUCACCAAGGCCUACCAGGACCGAUAUGGUGACCUUGGUGCCCACGGGAAUGCCAGGACGUGCCUGAUGAAGCAGAAGCACAGGAUGAUGGAAGAGAGGAAGGCACAAGCAAAGGCCUCUGAGAGCUGA